AUGAAUGAGGAAGCGCGCCAGGUUGCCCAUCUGCAAGGUUGGGUCGAACCCAAGGCCUACAAUUACGACAAUGACCUGGUCUCUGAAAAUCCUGCCACCAAUGGCACAAACCAUUGUGAUGUCAUAAAUGAGGACGGUGACAAUGCCAACAGUGGUGGUCAAGGUGACCAGUCAGGUCAUUGCCAUAAAUGGGCUCAUGACGCUGGUCGUUACGAAUGGAAGGAAGAGUUCGGAGAUGUUGGUCCACGAAGCGAGAAGUUGGAGGAAGAGCUGUUCAAUGGAAAGUACAUCAAUCGGGCUGGUGAGAAAUUCAAGAACCUCACUACAGUAAAGGUCAUUGUCGAAUCCGAAGAACGCCCCAAGCCCAUCAAUAACUUCACCCAAGCAGGAAUUCAUCCCAUUCUUGUGGAGAACAUCCAGCGCUGUGGCUACGAAACACCUACUCCGAUCCAAGCAUACACAAUCCCUGCCGUUAUCACUGGUCAUGACAUGAUCGGAGUUGCCCAAACUGGCUCUGGAAAAACUGCAGCUUUCCUGAUCCCUUGCAUCUCAAAGCUCAUGGGUAAAGUCAAGAAACUUGCUGCUCGUCGUCCCAAUCUAGCUGUCGAUUUCGAUGUUGCCCGUGAGCGUGUUCGGGCAGAACCAUUAAUCCUCAUCGUCGCACCCACCCGUGAGCUCUGCUGUCAAAUCUUCGAUGAGGCACGCCGUCUUUGCUACCGCUCAAUGCUUCGUCCUUGUGUCGCUUACGGUGGAGGCCCUAUGCGUGACCAGAUUGCUCAACUCAAUCUUGGCUGUGAUCUUCUUGUUGCGACUCCUGGUCGCCUACUUGAUUUCAUGGGUCGUCCAGAGGUGCUCUCCUUGUCUCGUGUCCGCUACACCAUCAUCGACGAGGCUGAUGAGCUUCUUCAUGACGAUUGGGAGCAAGAGAUGACGAAGAUCAUGUCUGGAGGAGAUGCAAACACCGACGGUGAUCAUCGCUACUUGUUAUUUUCUGCAACCUUUCCCAAGCGCUUGAAGAAACUUGCUGCCAAGUUUCUCGCCAACGAUCACGUCCAUGUCAGCAUCGGUCGUACUGGGUCGGUCCAUUGCAAUGUCAAGCAACAGAUCAUCUGGGCUGAGCCUAAUGCUAAGCAUCAAGCUCUCUAUGACCUUCUCAUCUCGAUGCCUCCCUCACGCACUCUUGUCUUUGUUCGCUCCAAGAAGACUGCGGACUUCGUGGAUGACUACUUGUUCAACUUGGGUCUGCCCUCCACUUCCAUCCACUCCGACCGCCUUCAAAUUGAGCGUGAGGACGCACUGCGCUCUUUCAAGACUGGUGAUUCUCCGAUCCUUGUCGCCACUGGAGUCUCUGCUCGUGGUUUGGAUGUUAAGCAUGUUAUGCAUGUGAUCAACUUUGACCUGCCCUUAUAUGAACAUGAUGGCACAAAUGAAUUCGUUCAUCGCAUUGGUCGUACUGCUCGAAUUGGCAAUGAAGGUCUGGCCACUUCUUUCUACAAUGACAAGGACUCUGCUAUGGGCCCUUUCAUCACCAAGAUCCUCAUGGAGACCGGUCAGGCCGUUCCCGAAUUCUUGGAACAGUACAAACCCAAUGGUGACCUCGACUUUGAUGAAGAUGACCCUGAUGUUGACGAAGACAAUGAAGGUGCUGCCCUUCAUGGCAAUGAUGAUGCCUGGGGUGGUGGUGAGGAUAACAAUGCUGUUGGUGUCUCUGAGCCCGCUUGGGGCGCCAAUAAUUCCGCUCAUCAGGAAGCCUGGGGUACCACCAACGAGGCUGCCACCGCAGCUUGGUAA